CUGGGGAUGCGAGCUCUGACCGUGGAUGCACUGACGAAGGGGCGUUCUUAUGACCGGAGUGCAGGACAAACGACCGAGAAAGGCGAGCGGCAGCGGCCACUGGCUCCAGCGUCAUGCACCGGACGGCAGUGAGGGGUUGCACUUGCCGCUGCUGGAAGCUGUGAACCCAAGGAGAGGAGUAAGAGGGCAGCAGCAGGAACUGGUCCAAAAAUGCCCUGGCUGCUGCACCGUUCUGCACUCUGUACUCUACUUAUUGCAAUCAUUCUGCACGUAGUUUUGGGCAGCUACUCGGAAGAUCAGUGCAGCUGGAGAGGGAGUGGUCUGUCCCAGGAGCCAGCAAGUGUUGAAAAGAUUUCCCUUCACUGUGCUGAAGGUUUUUUGGAGUGGUUGUAUCCAACGGGUGCUCUUCACCUGAGCUUAUCUCCACGGCUUCCCUUAGGGGCAGCUUCUCUUGGAGUCAGCCAUAGCACUGGACACAUCACAGCUUGUAUCAAGCCCACCAAAUCUUUCCGUGGGGCACAAAUAUACCUUGAAAAGGAUGGAAUUUUGGAACUGUUGGUGCCUGAAGAACAAACAGAUAGUGAGAAUACAGACAUGCUUAAUAAAUCUAGAGUACAUUGUUUUAGUCGGUUGCCUGGAGAGAAGGUAGCACUUUUCCUUCAGUCAACCCCACACAGAGACAUCAGCAGACGUAUUGCCUCUUUUCGCUAUGAACUGCGUGGUGAUUGGAACUCCCGAUCAUCCCUUGACUCCAAUAACUUCAACAUGGAAGGUGCCUGCAGACCAUGCAAUGAUUCAGAAAUUCUAAUGGCAGUGUGCACUAGUGACUUUGUUGUCAGAGGCAAUAUUUGGACAGUUUCUAACAAUUUGGAGCUUCAGGAGUCUGUGAUUAGUGUGAGCACAACUAGGAUCUACCGACAGAAGUACACCCUUUUCCAGCCAGUUGGAAAACAUGGGAAAUCUUUUGGAGAAAUUCGAACAAUGCUGAAGUGUGGUGUGAAACCAGGUGCUGGGAGUUUUCUCUUUACAGGCUGGCUUCACUUUGGGGAGGCCUGGCUAGGGUGUGCACCUCGAUAUAAAGACUUCAGGCAUAUCUAUAAAGCAGCUAAGGAUGUUCACGAGAAUCCUUGCGAGCUGGCAUUAGACUGAAAGAUGUUGCCACUAAGAAGAAGCACAUGUCACAAGUACAUCACGAGAGGAACAUCUAGCAAAAGCCUGAGAGGAAAGUUCUGCAUUAAGCAGAAUUCUGGAGGUUAUUGCAUUCAUGUUCAUACUAAUACAUCAACGUGUACAUAAUGGAAAAGUCUCAGUUUGGCAAAGAAUUCAAAACUAACAGAAGUAAGUAAGAAGCCAGAACUGUCUGAUCUGUUACUCUGGUAUUGAACUGAGAUUAAAUGAAGUAUAGAUUUCUGUGCCAGUUGGUUUGUGGUAUGACUUUGGUACAUUUGCCUAAGAGACACCGGAGGACAGAAAAUGAUUCCAGAAUUCACUACCAAGAUGAUUGUCUUAAGAAUUCCUGCUGACCAGUCUCUUCAGUGUGCAAGCCUUAACUAACUGUGAUUUCUGCACCACUGCUCAGCACCUAGCAAUAAAAGAAAGUUUUUUUUUUUUUAUUGUGUGGAAGCAUUGAAAAGUUUUAAACUAAUCUAUGAGCUGGGACAGUUGUGACUCCAUCCAGCAACUUAUUUCAUGAAAGCUUAAAUAAAAGUACAACUUUGGGAGACUUAAAUUUUCAGAAAUUUACAAAUGGAUGCUGCACUGUAUAUAUAUAUGUCCUUUUUGAAGUUAAUGACUUGUUUGCAAACUCAGAACAUUAAAAAUGUAGGGUAAACUGGAAUGACCUCAGCUAUGGUUCCUUGAGACUCCAGCAUGGCUGAAGCUGAAAACAUGAUCAACGGAAGUGGUACAAAUUGGAUAAGACCCAUACAGUUUUCAGGGUUUAACAGUGUUCUUAAACUAUUGAAAUUCUUAUCUUUUUUUCCUUAGUGUAUUUUCCUUGUUGGAAUUUGGUUAGAUUUUGUCUUUGCUGUCAUGCUGCUGGAAAUCUACAGCCAUUUUGUAGAUUCCUGAUAAUUUUCUAAUUGACAGGUGACCUACGAUAAUUUUUUUUUUUUUUUUUUUUUUUUUUUUAGAUUUAUCAUUUUUCGUAGAAGUGCAAUAUAUGUGUGGUCAAAUGAGAUUUGUCUCUUCUCCGUCCCAUCCAAGUAAAUGUAUAACAUUGUGUUUGCAAGUUUAAAACCCACAUUGUUAUGGACUCUUUGUUUUGACCUUUGAAAUAGCUAAGUAGAGCUGAGCCUUUUACGUCGUCACAAAGUACAGAUUAAUGAGAGUUCAUAGUACAAAACGGAAAUUCAAAUUCCUUGGGUUAUAACAGUCGGAACAAUUUUGUUUUAAAAAGAAAAGCAUGUCAGAGAACUUUGGAGGGCUGUAGUAUCCUUUUUUAAAUGUAUCCUUACUAAUUUUUUAAUUCCUUGAGGUCUAUUUUCGAGUCCAUUUGGUGGUGUUCUUCAGAGAGGAAGAUAAGGCCGAUGUACGAUUCUUGCCUGUUUAUUAUUUUGGGCAUCCUGUCAUUCAUCUGUCCUAUGUUCUAGUUCUUUAACCUGACUUACUAUCAUUUGCAUUGUCAUCAAGGGAAAACCUUAAAGCAAAGAACAGACUGUGUUAAUAGGAAAAGAAUGCAAAGUAUGCACAAAACAGUAAGGACAAUUAGUUGUAUUAUCUGAAUAAUAAUUACAACCCCUUCUUUAUUUCACAGUUUACAUUUCAUAUUGCCUAUUCUGGAUUUUCACUGCAGUUAAAUGACAAAUAUAUUUGUCUGAUUUUAAGAGGUGGAUUCCACAGUUUGUUCCUGGUAAAAACAGUUGUGUACAAAAAAAUAUAAGCAAGAGUGAACUCUUGUUGUUUUUUUACAUAAUAAGAUCUUUUUCUUGUUUCUGGUGUAAUAAGAUCUUUAUGUUGAUGUGACUGAGAUGCUGCUUUAGUUCUCUAUUCAGG